GUUUGACUGUUUACAGGAGGCGCGGCGGAGCCCUCGGCCUCAGUCAGUCAGGCGCUGGGGAGCGGUUCGGUUUCACUUCCGGUGAGGGGCCGCGCCUGAGAGGGCGGGCAGUGAAGCCAACGGACGGCGAGCGCGGGCGGUGGCAGUGACGGCGGCGCCGCUGCCGGGGGGCGUGCGGUAACGCGGCGGCGGCGGCGGCGGCGGCGGCUGGGCCUCAAGCGCCUGCAGCCCACCUCUCGGAGGCGGGCUCCCGGCGCGAGGACGGACGAGAAGAUGGAGGAGCUGGUGGUGGAAGUGCGAGGCUCCAAUGGCGCUUUCUACAAGGCAUUUGUAAAAGAUGUCCAUGAAGAUUCUAUAACAGUUGCUUUUGAAAACAACUGGCAACCAGAGAGACAGAUUCCAUUCCAUGAUGUGAGAUUCCCACCACCUGUAGGUUAUAAUAAAGAUAUAAACGAAAGUGAUGAAGUUGAGGUUUAUUCCAGAGCAAAUGAAAAAGAGCCUUGCUGUUGGUGGUUAGCUAAAGUGAGGAUGAUAAAGGGUGAGUUUUAUGUGAUAGAAUAUGCAGCAUGUGAUGCUACAUAUAAUGAAAUUGUCACAAUUGAGCGUCUACGAUCUGUUAAUCCCAACAAACCUGCUACAAAAGAUACUUUCCAUAAAAUCAAGCUGGAGGUGCCAGAAGAUUUACGACAGAUGUGUGCCAAAGAAUCAGCACAUAAGGAUUUUAAAAAGGCAGUUGGUGCCUUCUCUGUAACUUAUGAUCCAGAAAAUUAUCAGCUGGUUAUUUUGUCCAUCAAUGAAGUCACCUCAAAGCGAGCCCACAUGUUGAUUGACAUGCACUUUCGAAGUCUGCGCACCAAGUUGUCUCUUAUACUGAGAAAUGAAGAAGCCAGUAAACAAUUGGAGAGUUCAAGGCAGCUUGCCUCAAGAUUUCAUGAACAGUUUAUCGUACGAGAAGAUCUGAUGGGUCUAGCUAUUGGUACUCAUGGUGCUAAUAUUCAGCAAGCUAGAAAAGUACCUGGCGUCACUGCUAUUGAUUUAGAUGAGGAUACCUGCACAUUUCAUAUUUAUGGAGAGGAUCAAGAUGCAGUGAAAAAGGCUAGAAGCUUUCUGGAAUUUGCUGAAGAUGUCAUACAGGUUCCACGAAACUUAGUAGGCAAAGUAAUAGGAAAAAAUGGAAAGCUGAUUCAAGAGAUCGUGGACAAGUCAGGAGUUGUGAGGGUGAGGAUUGAGGCUGAAAAUGAGAAAAGUGUCCCACAAGAAGAGGAAAUUAUGCCACCAAGUUCCCUACCUUCCAAUAAUUCAAGGGUUGGACCUAAUUCCUCGGAAGAAAAGAAGCAUUUAGAUACAAAGGAAAACACCCAUUUUUCUCAAUCUAACAGUACAAAAGUCCAGAGGGUGUUAGUGGUUUCAUCAAUUGUAGCAGGGGGACCCCAGAAACCUGAACCCAAGGCUUGGCAGGGUAUGGUACCAUUUGUUUUUGUGGGAACAAAAGACAGCAUCGCUAAUGCCACUGUUCUUUUGGAUUAUCACCUGAACUAUUUAAAGGAAGUAGACCAGUUGCGUUUGGAGAGAUUACAAAUUGAUGAGCAGUUGCGACAAAUUGGAGCUAGUUCUAGACCACCACCAAAUCGUACAGAUAAGGAAAAAGGCUAUGUGACUGAUGAUGGUCAAGGAAUGGGUCGAGGUAGUAGACCUUACAGAAAUAGGGGGCACGGCAGACGCGGUCCUGGAUAUACUUCAGGAACUAAUUCUGAAGCAUCAAAUGCUUCUGAAACAGAAUCUGACCACAGAGACGAACUCAGUGAUUGGUCAUUAGCUCCAACAGAGGAAGAGAGGGAGAGCUUCCUGCGCAGAGGAGACGGACGGCGGCGUGGAGGAGGAGGAAGAGGACAAGGAGGAAGAGGAAGAGGAGGAGGCUUCAAAGGAAACGACGAUCAUUCCCGAACAGAUAAUCGUCCACGUAAUCCAAGAGAGGCUAAAGGAAGAACAGCUGAUGGAUCCCUGCAGAGUGCCUCCAGUGAAGGGAGCCGGCUGCGCACGGGUAAAGAUCGUAACCAGAAGAAGGAAAAGCCAGACAGCAUAGAUGGGCUGCAACCGCUGGUGAAUGGAGUACCCUAAACUACAUAAUUCCGAAGUUAUAUUUCCUCUACCAUUUCCGUAAUUCUUACUCCAUUUUAGAAAACUUUGUUAGGCCAAAGACAAAUAGUAGGCAAGAUGGCACAGGGCAUGAAGUGAACACAAAUUCUGCAAAGAAUUUUUUUGAUAUUGGCCAUAAUCAACAAUCUUCCAGAUUUGCACAAAAAGAUCUUGAAAUUUGAUGCAUAACUUUUAAGUACACUUAAAACUUCAGGUCAGGAUUUUACUUUUAUUUUUUAAAAAUACUAAGCAGUGAUUUUAUUAACUAGGACCAUUUUCCUGCAUUGGGCUAUAUAACUCAGCAGUACGUUUCAGUCUUUCUGAGUAAAUCACAUUUGUGAUAAUCAUACUAGAUCUCUGUCUUCAGUCUCAUUUAAAGUCUUCAUGAAAUGCUGUGCCAUUUCAUGUCCUGUGUCAGUUUAUGUUUUGGUCCACUUUUUCAGUAUUUUAGUGGACCCUGAAAUGUGUGUGAUAUGACAUUUGUUAUUUUCAUUAGCAAAAAAAAGUUGUAUGAUCUGUGCCUUUUUUAUAUCUUGGCAGGUAGGAAUAUUAUAUUUGGAUGCAGAGUUCAGGGAAGAUAAGUUGGAAACACUAAAUGUUAAAGAUGUAGCAAACCCUGUCAAACAUUAGUACUUUAUAGAAGAAUGCAUGCUUUCCAUAUUUUUUUCCUUACAUAAACAUCAGCUUAGGCAGUAUACAGAAUAGGACUUGAUUUUCGUUUUUGUUUUGUUGCACUGAAGUAUGACAAAUAGUGUUAUUGGAAGGGAUGUGUAAUUUUUCUGUAUAGACAGGAGAAGAAAUAACUAUCUUUUCAUUUGGGAGAGGCUAAAGAUGUUUUCAGCUACUUGCAAAUCUUCCUGGUCGAAAGUUAGUAGGAUAUGCCUGCUCUUUGGCCUGAUGACGAAUUUCAACUUCGAAACUUUUUCUUUUGUCCUCCUCAAAUUUUGUCAAGUUUUUCAUUCAUAUUUUACAUUAAAGCUUAUUUUGGGGAGAUAUGAAGGUCAUCUUCAUAAAUACAUAAUCACCCUCAAAAGUAUAUAGGUACUUUGUCUGAGAAACAUUGAAAGCAGGUUAAAUGUUUUGUAACUUUGAAAUACGAAGUCUAAUGUAUAAGCAGAACCGAAAAGCAGACCUACAAUUGGUUAACAAAUAAUUCUUUUUUCUUUUCUUUUUUGAUGUGUUGAAUCUUAUUUUCUGUGGUUUUUUUCUCUUUUUUUUAAAUGAGUGAAAUUUACUGAAGAAAAAUAUGUGAAGGACCUUCACUCUGAGAUGUUAUAUUUUUCUUAAAAAAUAACUCUGAGUAGGGGUACCACUGAAUCUGUACAGAGCCGUACAAACCGAAGUUCUGCCUCUGAUGUAUUUUGUGAAUUUGUUUCUUUGAAUUUUCAUUUUUCAUUUAGUUUUCCUUGCAUACAGAUAAGCAUAUAAAAUGGCAACAAACUGCACAUGAUUUCACAAAUAUUAAAAUGUCUUUUAAAAAGUAUUGCCAAACAGUAAUGUUGAUUUCUAGUUAUUUAUUCUGGGAAUGUAUAGUAUUUGAAAACAGAAAUUGGUACCUUGCACACAUCAUCUGUAAGCUGUUCAGUUUAAAAUACUGUAGAUAAUUAACCAAGGUAGAAUGACCUUGUAAUGUAACUGCUCUUGGGCAAUAUUCUCUGUACAUAUUAGCGACAACAGAUUGGAUUUUAUGUUGACAUUUGUUUGGUUAUAGUGCAAUAUAUUUUGUAUGCAAACAGUUUCAAUAAAGUUUGAUCUUCCUCUGCUAAAUUGAUGUUGAUGCAAUCCUUAAAAUGAUUGCUUUUAAAAUUUUAAGAUAGGAAAGAAAUCUAUAGAGAGUGUUCUGUUACAAAAUGUAACUGUUACCAUUGGAAAUUUCACAUAUCAAAGGAGGUUAGCCGUUAUUUACCAACUUUCAAGAAAGUAAUCUUAUUCAAUAAGGUGAAAUAUCAAUAAUUGGUACACAGUCACAAUGUACCGUUAAAAUAUGCACUAAGUCUCUUUCUUUUUUACAAAGGCUGAAUUCAGCAAGGCGCUAACUUGCUUAAAUGUGAAUUACUAACUUCUAAAACUGUAAUUUGAUUCACAUCUUUUCAAAUGGAGUUGGAGUUGAUUCAUAUUACAAUAUUUGUGUGCAAAAUGUGUAUGUUUUUCAGUUCAAAGUCAUGUUUUUAAAAUCUUAUUAAAGUUUCAAAAAUCUGAAGAUUGUUUAUCUUAUCUAGAUGUAAAUUUUUAUUAAAAAGUUGCACUUAUGAAAAAGCAAAA